CCUGGGGCCUCUUGCGGCCGUUCCUGCACGAAAUCCUUUCAUCAGGAUUGGCGCAUCCAGACUCACAAAAUGACCUCCAUUUUCGCCCGGCUGAAGAGCAUACCGCUCCCUCGCAAAGGCUUGCGAUCCCUCAAGUCUCAGGGCGUCGUCUUAGAGAACGCGCAAGCAUUAUACGACUGCGGGAAGCUGGCAUGGUGGGCACGGUGGACCUAUUUCCUGGUUCUUGCGGACCUAGUCGUGACGGCAUCGGCAUGCGAGCUUACGCUGAACCAUUGGACAAUGUGGGAGGAGCUUCCAAAAGACAGCGCUACACCCACAACGCUCUCUUCGGGUGAACAGCCAGUGCGCUCGACGGAUGUGGUUGGGCACUAUGUCACGCGGCCGCUGUGGCAACGAAGCCUCUUCACGCUCGCCAACUUUGCUGGAGGCGUCGGUCUCGCUGCUGUGCUUCUAGGCGGUCGCUCCCGGAUCGUCCGCAAGAUGUUCAUCGUCCCCUCCGCGGCUUCCCAGGAUACCUCCGCUACAGCAGGGCGGCUGUCCGACCGUCUGCUCGUCAUCCAGUCUCCCCUACACACAAAAGCGCAAGGGGUCGUCAUGCCCCUCAACCGGACACGACUGAUACACAGCCCGGAGAAGACCGAGAUGCUGAUUGGGCUCAAGGACCGCCGUGGACACUACUCGCUGGGACUGCAGGGCGCGGUGGUGGACGGUCAGAAGAUGUCGAUCUGGGACGCGCGGAAAAGCCUUUUCACGACGUGGUAUGGAGAGAAGAGAGGCAUGCAGAUGUUCUUGGCUAGCGCGAAGGUCAAGGAGGAGUCCGAGACAUGACACAUGCCGCGACAGGACGCGUCCAUGCGAGCCGCUUGCUUUUUGCGCGUCAACUGCGGUUCGAAGCCGAAGUGCUUCGUCAAUGCUGCGCGGAAAACGGCUGGUUGAAGUUGGAGCUGGUAGUGCACGAUCCGGGGUGCUCUCGGGAUAAUCACAACUACACUACAAUAAUGGCUACGCCCUUUCAUGAGGCAUACAACUCAGUCAUCGAGCCCCC